CUGCUACCCCGUGGGUUACUAUGGAUGAUGAAAAGCUCCAGUUCUAACACACUAAGGCGCGGGAUCUACAGCCGCAUAUAAAGCGCGAUCUCUGGACUAUUUACAUUUGUUUCUUCUCCUUUUUUCUUUUCUCAGCCUCCCUUUGUGCCUAAGAGUCUGUUAGGAUACACAGUGCACUUGUGUAGCUUAGAUAUUUUUGCUAGAAAGAGUGGUGUGAGGUUGGAAACGCAGAGCGCACGCGCUUCACCUGGCACAAGAGCCUCCAGCAGAGGAGUGCAGGGGAAAGGUCACUGUGCUGUCAGUGGGAUGGUAGAAGAGUGGAGUGGAGUCCAGGCUGAAGGAGCAUGGUGAAACACCAACCCCUGCAGGUCUAUGAGAGACAACUCUGCUUGUCCUGUCUAACGGGGAUCUACGGCUGCCGAUGGAAACGUUACCAGCGCUCACACGAUGACACCACUAAGUGGGAGUGUAUGUGGACCCUCAUCCUCUUCGGGACUUUCACUCUGCUCCUGUUCUGGUUUUACUUCUGGUGGGAAGCAAGUAACGACUACAGUGAAUUUAACUGGUAUUUAUAUAACCGGUCUGGCGAGUGGAGUGAUGGAACUGUUCCCAUACUGGCCAUGACAGCUGCAGGCUUCACCUAUAUCGCGUUUUUAUUGAUUUUAGCACUAUGUCACAUCGCAGUCGGACAGCAGCUGAACCUGCACUGGAUCCAUAAGAUCGGCGUGACUGCAGCUUUACUGACCACCAUGAUCGGCGUGAUAUCAGUCAGUCAGAUAUGGAGUGAGGAGUGGGAUAUCUUCUCCAUCUCUCUACAAGCCACAGGACCGUUCUUGCACAUCGGAGCUCUGGCUGCAAUUACAGCAUUGGCCUGGCUGGUAGCUGGACAAGUGGCUCGAUCUGAAAAGACCAUGUUUCAGGUUAUACUCCUGCUGGUGUACCUGCUGGUGCUCCUGAGCCUCUACCUGACCCCACUGUCCAUCACAUCCCCCUGCAUCAUGGAGCGACACAACCUUAAAGCACGGCCUGCAGUCAUCGGCCAGCGCGGAGCUCCUAUGUUGGCUCCAGAGAACACGCUGCUCUCUUUCCAGAGAGCUGUGCAGAAGAAUGUCAGCGGCCUGGAGGCCGACGUGGCCAUCAGUCUGGAUGGAGUACCGUUCCUCAUGAGAGACCGCAACCUAAAGAGAACCACAGAUGUGAGCAAAGUCUUUCCUGAGAGACAGAACGACGAUGCCUCCUUCUUCAACUGGACCGAGCUGAGCAUGCUCAAUGCCGGCCAUUGGUUUCUGAAGGGUGACCCGUACUGGUCAGUGCAGUACAUGUCUGAGCGAGAGCGCAGGUUAGUGGGGAAUCAGACGGUCUGCAGUCUGGAUCAGAUGCUGCAGCUGGCAGCCCGCUCCAACCGCUCCGCCCUGUUUACCGUCCGCAGACCUCCACCGGGGCACCCACACAACCUGAGCUGGGUCAACCUCACCCUGAGCACCGUCCUGAACUCAGGCAUCCCUCAGCACCUUGUGGUUUGGAGUGUGGACUGGGACAGAAAGCUGGUGAAGCAGCAGGCUCCAGGCUUCCAGCAAAUCUCCACUGAGAAACAGACUCUGGAGAUUCUCCAUGAGAAAGGCAUCAGUAGGUUAUUGCUGCGCUACAACCAUUUCAGUGCUGAGGAUAUACGGACGUACAAGGCGGGUAACGUGAGUGUGACCCUGUACACCGUGAACCGGCCGUGGCUUUAUUCUGUACUCUGGUGCAGCGGCGUUCACUCUGUCUCCUCUGAAGCACCGCAAAUCCUCCGGAAGGUUUUUUCGCCUCUUUGGCUAAUGAGUCCACAUGAGUACUGCUCGAUUUGGGUCGCUACAGAUCUCAUCUCCUUCGUUUUGGUCCUGGGGAUUUUCAUACUUCAGAACUAUCACAUUAUCAGGUGGAGGAUGAGUAACAUGCGUAGCUACAACCCGGAGCAGAUCAUGCUGAGCGCAGCUGUCAGGAGGUCAAGCCCAGACGUCAACAUCAUGAAGGAGAAGCUCAUCUUCUCUGGUCAGCAACAGUAGCAGAUUAACCCCAGCUGUAAGCCUUCAUCAUAUCCUCAUCUCAUCUCCAAUCCUGCAUCAUCCCUUACCAUCCUGAUGCUCCUGCACCAUCCUACAUCAUCCCUAACUAUCCUCCAUCACCCUGCACCAUCUUUCAUCAUCCUGCUCCCUCUAAAACCAUCAAGUAUCAUCCUGCUCCAUCCGGCUCCUAUCUGACCCAUCCUGCUCCAUAUAUAACCGUCCUGCAUCACCAACACCAUCCAUCCUGAGCAAUCUUCUUUCAUGACCUCCUUGCUCCCUUUCACUCCACCCAUCCAUCCAUCCAUCAACCCACCCAUCCACCCAUCCACUGCUACAUCCUUCACGUCCGGUCGUAGCUCAUUACUGGCUUUGGUUGCCAUGACCAGAGCUCUCUUCAUGAGGUCAGCGAUGGGGUCAGCUGUGAUGAAAACGGUUUCGACUGCUACACCAAUCAAGAUGUUCUCUGACUCCGCCCUCGACGCUGACUGGGUGAAAAAGGGAAGAUUUCCACCUCAGAUGUUCCGUCUGAACCACUUUAGUUCUUUCUUUAUAAUUAUUAUUAAUAUCUCCCACUUCCCCCAGUGCUUUCCCAGUUUUCCAUGUGAGCUCCAGAAAGUUGCUCUAUCUUUAUAUGAACGUUGUGUAUGUUCUGUAUAGUCUUUUUUUGGUACACUAAAUGACUUGUAAAGAAAGUGUGACUCGUCGAGUGCUGGUGAAGACUGGGACGUCGGCCAUUUUAUUUCAGUUUGACUGUAAACAGGGCUGUAAUAGACCACGCCCUUCAUUUAAGAGAUGAGAAACCAUAACCAGGAGGAAUGUAAGGUAUAUUUCUAAACUAACAUGUGUGUGUGUGUGUGUGUGUGUGUGUGUGUGAAUUAUGAAGUAUGUAUAUGAAUGAAUGAAUGGAUGGAUGGAUUGAUUAGGAUUUACUCUGGGACUCUCGCCUCACUUAUCGAAGGGCCCAAGCAACUUCCUGUGUGUUUACAGUGUGCCUGUAUUUCUCUUUACUCUUUGUGACUUUUCAUAAGCACCCAUUGAAGAUUUUCAAGAAUAAUUUUUAUAUUCGUGUUCGAUGCCUUUCAGACGUUCAGCAUAUUUAAUUUCGGGUUACAGUCGAUGAGCUCCGAAAAGUUUGUUAUAUACUCUGUGGUUAGACUUAUUAAGUGCUAAGCUUUAAAGGAAAAAUCCACCCUGGACGUAGCGCGUAUUAGCCAUGUCUUCAUUUUAAACUUGGAGAAAAUGAUGCAGCGGCGCUUUAAUUCUUCUCACCUGGUCAUUCGCUAAAACGGUUCAUCUUCACAACAUCGAAUGUGUCAUCUUGUAGCUGUACUGAGACUCACCUGCUGCAUUGCAUUGUGGGAUGUUGAGUAUAAUGUUUGCAGAAUCUACAGUUGCUAGGAUACAAUCUACGGUUCCUAGGAUAGCCCUAAAUGUUUGAGAUUCCUAUUAAAUGCCAUGGUAACCGUGCUAGCGCCCUAGACGUAGCAUCGCUAAACACUUCAGAAGACACAUACAGCAUGUGUUUCAGGGUGGAUUUCUCCUGUAACGCCGUUCUACACUGAAAGCGCUGAACCGAACGCAUCUUAGCGCCACGCACAGUACUACUGGAAAAUAUUUAAUUGCCCGGACUCAGAAGAGUGUUAAUAUUUAUAUAUUGUACAGUGAUCGUGUCUCAUUAUCAUGUAUUUUAUUCGCUAUAAAGACUAUAAGUUAUGGCACUGGUAGAUCGGUGAAGCGUUUUAACGAAAAUGUUCACGCUCGCACGGAAGAAAACAAACAAAUCAUUUUACUUUGUUUUUAUUUUGUACAUGUCUCAAGGAAUAAAUAAAUACCAUAUUUGGAAACCUU